GACUCACAGACUCCUAGCUCAACACGAGCUAAGUAGGACAUGAUGGUCCUCUGGUGAAAUGUUCCUGCAGUGUUCCAAUAGGGACUUACUGAUGAGUCAAAAGUGAGAAAACAGCGAGGAUAGGCUACUUUAUGGUGUGUUUUUUUUCUGUUUCACAAUUAGUAUAAAGUUGUACCUUUCUAAAAAAUGUAUCAUUGGUCUGCCAUAGUUAUCUGGUCAGAUUUGUUUACUGGCUGCCUGAGAUUAAGUUUCAGAUCCGUGCGCACUGAAAGUUCUUCCCUCUUCAGCCAUCAUCUCAUUCAUAAUGCAUGAAUGGGGAGCAGGAUGCUGUAGCCAAAGAAUGUGGGAUAGGCCGUUUUUACAGAAGCCAUUUCGACAUGUCAUUGCAGGGCAAACACAGGCGUGAUUAAUAACAUUAAUUAUAGCCCAGUUCCAUUCAGGUGGGCCAGAGCCGUGGUAUGAGCUAGCAUGCUAGCUCACUGGAAUUCAUUAAGUUGAAUGGGAACAUAAUCUGGGACCAUUUGGUCAGGAGGACUGCUGUAAAAAGGGCCUAUUGUCUCUCUAAACACUGGUAGCAUCGCCCAGCUGAAGGGCCUUAUCUGUUGGACUGCAGUUCCAAUGGCUUACAGACAUCAGUGCAGCCUCUAACCAAGCACUUAAGAUGGGAUGCUGCAACUUUAAAUUAUGCAAAGUGUAUUUCCUCUCUUCCUUUAGGGCAGUUUGAAGAUGUGGAUAAAGUUAUCUUCAUUGUUACCAGGCAGUAUGUAGACAGAGCAGUGCCAAAUCAGUACUGUAUGUUCUGGUUUCCCAUAAGGGACAUCUUGUUCUCUUUCUCUCAGGUAUAACUCCAAUCACUGCAUGAUGUCAGCAUUAAAUGAUCAGUGUUUAGGAUUUAGGGGGAUCUAUUGGUAAAAAUUGAAUAAAAUCUCCAUAAUUAUGUUUUCAUUAGUGUAUAAUCACCUGAAAUUAAGAAUCAUUGUGUUUUCAUUAGCUCAGAAUGAGCCCUUCAUCAAUUCUUCCAUGGAGCCCACCAUGUUUGCCAAUAUACAAUAGCCCAGAACGGACAAACCAAACACCGGCUCUAGAGAGGGCUUUUUGUGUUUUUAUGUAACCUGAAAGCCACCGUAGGUUUUACUACACGCUUGAAAAUGGAGGGCUGAGGGAAAGGCUAUUUAGUUGGUUACAAUCUGCAACCUCACCGCUAGUUCCAACAAAAUCCUACACACUGGUCCUUUAACACAUGCAGCUUUUAAUCAUUCUUAUUUUACAGAAAUCCUCUCCUUAUGAUCUCGCUCACCAUGCGGGUGAGAGCACACUUAGUGUCCCCUGUACUAAUGAAACCGCAUCUCAAGGUUCCACUCUCCGAGAUAUUAAAUACACUUUCGGUCCCUGGAUUUAGAGGGCUUGGCUUUUAAGGAUUUCAUAGAUGAGCUGUGUUUUUGCAUAAUGAGAAGAAAGUAAGAGGAAGGGCAGAAGGACUACAGUAAUGACGAGAGAAAGUAAAAGGGGAAGGAGAGCGAGAGGUUAAGGAUUGUUGAUGGGAAGGGUCGAUGUAUUCACACUCCUCACCGAGGACAAUCACGUAACCUUCAAGUGAAGUGAGCAUGCGGCAGGAGCAGAUUCCACCCUGCACAAAUACUGCAAAGCAUAAUGCAUGCUCAUGCAUGCAUGCAUGCAUACACACUCACACAUGCGCACACACACACACACACACACACACACACACACACACACACUCACAUCCCCCUGACACGUGUGUGGGUUCACCUGACAUUCCAGUGGGAACACACUGUUCCAUGGCGAUAAUGACCACCAGGAGUACAGAGAGGGUCAGUGGACAAAUUGUGGAAAAAGCAGAGUCAGUGUUCAAAUUUUUUUUUUUGUCAAUUUACUCAAAUACAUUUUUUAUCAAUUUCCGGUUAGCAUACCCCCCAGAGAAUACAUUUGCCUUUGAGUGUCCUUUGCUUGAUCAAAGGAAAAUACCCCCUCAGAUGUGACCACAUUCCCACACUCCACUGUUCACGGAGUGAGGAUUAGUCGUCCUCAGCCACUUGACUGCACUAUAGAGGACAAUGGAUUGGAACAGAGAGCUUUCCUGAAGAAGGACAGGAUUGGUCAGAGCUUCUCCUUACCGAAGCUCACGUAACAAGUCUUCAGCCAGCAAUCACUCUUCCUGGGGAUCGCAAGGACGCCUCCUAAACUCAGCUCAUUCCUCAACCUGCCACACAGACUGAGUGUGGACUGAGGCCAGGCACUGUAGAAAAUGGAGCAAAACAUAAGGAUGCACACCCAAGAGGCCGAGCGAGAAGUGUGCUUCUGAACGUUAUGCCUGUUCUUCUAAAAGAGAAGAGCUGUGGGAAACUGUAGAAAACCCAAAGUUCCGAAGAACACAGACUACCACAGUAUGACCCGCUGCCUCCCCACGUAUGGUGACAGGGGCUGAACUUGGCCACACAUUGCUUUAUGUGUGUGUGUGCCUGUGUGCGAGUGUAUGUGUGUGUAUCACACAGUGUUGAGGAGUUUUUAACUUCAGCAGGGAGUGUCUGGCCUCCCCUCCAGUCCAGAGGGAGGUGGUAGUGUGUCCCCUUUGUGUUCCGGAUGCAGAACAUCCUCGAUCAAAACCUAGACAUGGCUACGGCUUUACUCGCCGGCGAGAAGCUGAAGGAGCUGAUCCUGCCCGGCUCCUCUCAGGAUGAGAGGGGCGGGUUACUGGCUGGCCUCAUGGUGCAGCUCAAACUGGAGCUGCCCUUUGAUCGUGUUGUCACCAUAGGGACGGUCAUCAUCCCCAUCCUGCUGGUCACCCUAGUCUUCACAAGGAACUUUGCAGAGGAGUCCAUAUACUGUUACACACCACACAACUUCACCAGAGAUCAGGCACUGUAUGCAAGAGGCUACUGCUGGACAGAGCUGCGGGACGCUGCGCCUGGUCUGGAGUCUCACCUUUGGCCUUCACUAUUUGAACACAAGUUCCUGCCCUAUGCCCUGCUGGCCUUCGCUGGAAUCAUGUACAUUCCUGCUUUGGGCUGGGAGUUCCUUGCCUCUACACGGCUCACUUCAGAGCUCAAUUUCCUGCUUCAAGAGAUUGACAACUGCUAUCAUCGAGCCGCUGAGGGCAGAGCCCCAAAGAUCGAGAAGCAGAUCCAGUCCAAAGGACCUGGCAUAACUGAGCGAGAGAGGAGGGAGAUCAUAGAGAACGCGGAGAAGGAGAAAAGCCCCGAGCAGAACCUGUUUGAGAAAUAUUUGGAGAGACGAGGCCAAAGUAACUUUCUGGCUAAGCUUUACCUGGGACGCCACCUGGCUAUUGUCUGCCUCAGUUCCAUCCCCAUUUCCUACCUGAGCGCCUACUAUGCCCGCCAGAGGCAGAAUGAGUUCACCUGUGCGCUGGGUGAGCCACCAGACACUAGCAGCUAUCAAGAGCUGAAGCUCAGGGUCAACUGUAAGCUGCCUGCUGUGCAGCUGCAGCGCAUCAUGGCAGCAGUAGAUAUCGCUCUGCUCUGCACCAUGAACCUCAUCAUCCUGAUUAAUUUGUUGCACUUGUUUGUGGUGCGCAAGUCCAACUUUGUAUUUGACAAACUACACAAAGUUGGCAUUAAAACGCGGCGACGCUGGCAGAAGUCUCAGUUCUGCGACAUCAACAUCCUGGCCAUGUUCUGCAACGAGAACAGGGACCACAUCAAGUCGCUCAACCGGCUGGACUUCAUCACCAAUGAGAGUGACCUCAUGUAUGACAAUGUAGUCAGGCAGCUGCUGGCUGCGCUUGCACAGUCCAAUCAUGAUGCUACACCCACUGUGAGGGACUCUGGGAUACAAACAAUUGAUGCCCACAUGGACCCCUCUGAUCUUGGCGUGGGAGAGAUGGCUGGGGAGCCGCUGGUCAUCAAACGGCCCCGCAAGAAGAUGAAAUGGAUCCCAAGCUCAAAUCCUCUUCCUCAGCCGUUUAAGGAACCUCUUACCCAGACACGGAUGGAAAACAAUGCCAAGACUGAAAAACCCAAACCAGUCAGACGAAAGGCACUGGCAGACAGCUUCACCGCACCACUUCUGGAUACAAAGAGCACACAAUAUCCUGCAAUUAAAAAUUUGAGUGGGAUGGAGAAAAAGCACACUCGCAACUUCUCUCUGGACGUCCACCCAUACAUGCUGACCAUUCGUAAGCCCAAGGUGGAGGCCACAACCGCAGAGCCUCUUCCCUCAAAGCACAACAUGGAUACAGUGUACCUCGAAGGCACACACACUAUCGUUCAUGUGUCUGGUGCCAUUACAGAAACUAAGAUUUGCUCGCCACAAUCCACCAACACUGCCUUUUCUACGGUGACCCUGCCCACCACUACUUACGUAAAUGGUGUGAGCCCGAACCCUCCCUCCAGUGAGGACGCACUCAGUCCCAAGUCCUCGCCUCCUCCUCCUCCUUCUCCAAGGGAGCCUCCCACCCAGACGGAAAACCCUGAGUGUCCGCCACCACCCCUGACCAGAGCCCCUACACACCAGCUGCUGAGUAUACAUCACACUCUCUUUGAGGAAGAAGAGGAUGAAGAACACCGCAGGGACAGACUGGCAGAGAGACCCGGGGAGCUCAUCGCUGCUGGGGAAUGUUAAAGGAAGAGAAGAAGAGGGACGCCGACAGAGAUUCCUCUCCCUGACACUACACUCACAUGACCACCAUGUCGAUCACCUUCUAUCAACAGCCACCUCUGCUCUUUAAAUGAACUCACACACACUUCUGUGAUGGGUGGAUUGGACAGUGAGGACAUGACAUGGAACUCUAGUAGUCGUAAAAAGCUAAAUGACUCAACUUUUAGAUGGGAAAAUUAAGGAUAAGACCAACGUUUGUGUAUUUGAUAAUGUUGACAAGAGUAUUGCUGUCGGAAAUGAUGUCACAUUCAUGUCUCAGGAUGACUGUGUACAGCUCAACACCCUCCAAUGAAACCAGCAGUGAUUUAAUUCAACAGGGUGCUACAGUGCAGGGUCAUACAGCUAUAUGAAGAAGGCUCGAAAAGAAAAGAUAGAGCGGCAAUGAAAGAUCAGUGAGCUUUCCAAAAAAAAAAAUAAAUAAAAAUGAGCCACACCUUAGAGAUGCAUAUCUGCAAAGAAGACUGCAUUAUAGCUUCAAGCAAAAUGUAUUUUAAACACGUAUGAUAACGCUUAGUCCCUUUAUCCCAAUAGCCAAGUAGAAAGGUAGCUCAUGCAAUACAGUUGAGAUCUACACAAUUAAUAUGCAAAAGAUCACAAUAUAAUUGUGGCAAUAAUGUAUGCGCUUACAGCAUCAUAUUUCACAGAACACUAUACAUGUAUAGACACUGUAUAUGACUCAGUGUUUGUGGGGUGUUUAAAAUAUGACACACGUUUCAUGGUUUUAUCAUUGCCAUUUCACCGUUGAUUAGGAACGUGUAUCAGAUCUUGACUCCACUAUAUUUGCACGUCAUUAUUUAAAAGGUAAAUUGGCGUAUUAUAUAAAGGGACGGAAAAGGCUACAAUGAAAGGGUGGUGUUGGGAGGUGACAUGCAACUACAAUAUUGCUCAAAGAAACUGUCAGAUAUGUCUAUAUAUCUGUGAUAGAAAUGCAGUGAUGUGGGUGUUUUCUUCUUGAAGACUAUAAAAGCAGCUCUAAUGUGAUGAAUGGAGCUGGUCUCACUGGUAAAGUAUGUGACUUUUGUGUUCUGCUGGCUUCUUGUGGGAGUGCUGUGAUGUGAAGUGAAUGAAGUGAUGAGUAGAUGUUAAAUCCUUACUCCCUAGAAGGUUUAUUACGUGAUGACUAAGCUUUUGAUUGCCAUCUGCUGUCGCCGACACAAUCUACAUUUCUUUCAGUAGUUCUGCCCUGUCUCACAUUGUGCCAACAUCUGCUUUGAAGGAUUUAAUAGUUAGUUAGAAUAGUAGGUCUUAGUCAUUUGCAAUAGAAACCAAGCAUUUGAGGCAUGUGAGCACUUUUCACAGGGAACGAGUGAGUGGACAAGGGGAUGGGUGCCUACCACGACCUCUCCAUACGCAUUUCUUGCAGCUGCAUAGGCCUAGGGCUGCACAAUUAAACGAACAUUAAUCGCGAUCACGAUUUUGGCUUAAAUGAAAUGAAUCGACCGCUGAUCAAUAUUGACUUUUUAAAUGCAUGCUCUGCUCAUUAAAAGAUUCCGCUGCAUAUCAAAUCAAGUGCUUCCUAAACUAACAGCUUGACUCUGGAAGGACUCAGCCAGCCAGUGCCCCGCCAGCAGUGGCAUUACACAUGGCCGAUCACUGUUAAAUCGCCUGUAAACGACACCAGACUGCUAUAGAAUAACAACACAGACCUCUACACACAUCAGACUGCUCGGCUAUAACUCGACAGACAUUUCUCCGUUCUUUGCUGGGAUGGUCGGCAUGCUGCAGUGUGUCAGUGUAAAUUACAGUAAAUACUCACACUGAGCUGAAAUGGAAACAAUGCGCUGCAACACGCAUCUUUGCAUUUAGAAAUAACGGUAUUAUUUUGAAGGAUUCUGUUAUUCAUAGAUAUAUUAUAACACCUACUACUAUAUAUAUAACACCUACUCAACGAGCGAGUAUCCAAAUAGUACUUAUUUAUAACAGUACUUAUUUUGAUGCAAAGAUUUGUACAUUAGCAGGAAUGUAGCACACCAUGGAAGUGAAUUUAUUUAAAUGUGAAAGUGCAAUAAAAAUAUUUUGUCCCUAAAAUCAGUGAAUAAUCGUGGUAAUCGUGAUCUCAAUAUUGAUCAAAAUAAUCGUGAUUAUCAUUUUGGCCAUAAUCGUGCAGCCCUACUGCAUAUAGCCUACAUGACGAUACAGGAACUUUAAUAAAGGAACUACCUUCACUGAUUUACACAACAAAAUGACAUCUACAUUAGUGCUGUUGGCAGGGGCUUUCCUACAAUAUUAGGUAGACCUACAGUUUGCAUACUACACUCAUGUUUUUUUUUCUGCGGAAUUCAAUAAGCAUACUUGUGAUAAGAGACAGCAAUUUCCCCCACUUCAGCAUCCAGUUAUAUCGUUUGGUGGAAAUAACAAAUGAUCCAUUUUCAUGACACAGGUUGGCUCAGAAUCCCCUUGUUAAACUUCUCAAGCACACUAAAUGCAUCCAAACGCACUUUAAGACUUGUAGUACGAGUGUGUGCGUGUGAGAGCAUGUUAUAUGUUGGAACAGCACAGCUUACUGACUUUAACAUUGAGACAUUUGAGAAGGUAAAUCUGUGACAGUCUAAAUGCUGGUGGAAAACGUAGAGAAAAGACUCCAGACUUUGAUUGUACUGUGUCAAAUGUUAUAAUGGAAAGUAUUUAAAAAAGAUUUCACUAUAAAAAUUUUA